AUGAAUCAUUAUGAACAGAUUGAUGAAAAAAUCAUUAAAGAACUUAAGAGUGAAUGUUCAUUUUGUGAAUUAGAACAAUUAUUUACAGAGAUUACUUCAAUCCGAACAAUAUCUGUUAUUGAAUUUCGAACUAAUCGUACUUAUUAUAGUACAUUAGAACAAAUAUGUGGUUGUAUGAAAGAAUUAAGAAGAGAAAUUGAAGAAAUAUUAAAUAGAUUCUAUUGUAAUGAAAAAAAUAAUUAUAGAAGUCUAAUGAAAUGUCUAUCAAGUUUAAAAUAUGCAAAAUAG